AUGAAUCCAUCUGCUGUCAGCAAGUCAAGCACUCGCGGCUCUGGAUACCAUCAAAAAGCUCUAGCUGAGAUUCGUAAUUCUCUGCUUCCUUUCGCAAAUAUCGGAGGUACGGGGGAAGUAGGUUCCAGUGCCGCGAGUACAAUCUCCACUCUCUCGACGACCAGCGGUGUCAGCUCAGCAUCAGGUCUCAGUGGUCUAUCGGGUGCUUCUGGUUCUCUUGAUAAACCUGAACAACGACAACAGAUUGUCGGACAAAUAUCAGCUAUGGGUUUUCCGGAGGACAUGAGUUUGCGUGCCUUGAAGAUGACAGGCUGGCGGGUAGAAGCAGCGAUAGAUUUUUUAAAGCAAGCUCAAGGUGAAACACUAAACGGCUUACAAAAACUAAAUUCAAAACUAAUAAGAAAGCCAAGCCUUGAACGGGAGCUGAGUCUUCAACGAGGCAGUCCAGCAUUGGACAGCGGAGCGGGAAGUUCAAGAUCAGACAGUCCUCGGUUGGCCGAAUUAAGCCCACAUCCACAGCUAAGUCGUCAGUACUCACCGAAUAGUUUCGUUGAGCGAGAAACGCCACCUCCACCACCUCCGAGAUGCAGCUCAACACCACCUCCGCCUCCACCACCUCACGCACCUUACAGUCAGCCUACUGUACCUACAAAUAUGCAACAAAUGCUCAAACGAAUGUCCCCGGCGCCUGUUGUGCCAACACGAGCACCAGCAGCUGCUCCGGGGAGCUCUAAUUCAGCCUCAGGAUCUGUCAAUCCUCCUCAACGUGGCACCAGCCCCGUCGCAAGCUCCAGUAAUUCGUCCAAUGGACGACAGCCCAUGAUUGUACAAAAUGGACCGCAAGUUCAACAGCAGCUGUCUCAGCAGAUGCAAGCACUCAGCAUUUACCAGACAAGCAAUAAUAACUCCAGUACCCAGGUCGAGCCACCUCCGCCAUACCCGAUUGUUCCCUCCUCUACCGCGGGUACUGUACAGCCUCCUUCUUACAGCGCGUCGAUGCAGAACAGACAGAGUCCAACUCAGUCGCAACAGGACUAUCGAAAAAGUCCCUCUUCGGGUAUUUACUCAGGACCAACUUCUGCUGGUUCACCAAGUCCAAUAACAGUGUCGACAGUCCCUCCCAGUACUCAAGGAUCAAUGGCACGGCCAACACCACUCCAAGCAUGGGGUGCGAGGCAGGCUAAAACCCAACCACCGAUAAUAAUGCAGUCUGUAAAAAGUACUCAAGUUCAAAAGCCAGUUCUUCAGACCGCGAUAGCACCUACCUCACCUCAGCCUAUUUCUACGAGUAAUACACCACCUCCACCACCUCCUUCGUAUGCUACAUCGAUCCAGCAAAAGCAGCAACAACAACAACCUCCACCACCGGCUUAUCCUCCAGUUAAUAAUACCACUGCUGCUGCUACGGUUGCUGCUACACCCGUGACGAUAAGCCUAGGUGUUCCUACAACAGAACCGCCUAGUUACGCCACAACGAUGCAGGUUCUGGCAGCUCAACGCACUAUGCAUCACCCUCUACCACCUCCGCCGUACGGUACGCCAACAGAAGACCCCAUGGCCACUGUUGAGAAUACCAGUGCUCCACGUUCCUCGCCUGUAGCACAUCAUCCACCUCUCCAGAGAAAGUACUCGCCUGUCGAUAGUUGUCAGCAGCAUCAUAUAGAGUCACCACCGCUUCCACCAACUGCCUCGACUUCUGUGUCGGCAAGGAACACCAACAAUCAUCCACCUUCGCCGGAGAACUGUCCUUGCAAGGGUGGUCCCACCUCGCUGUACAAGAUAAAACACCAGUCACCUAUACCUGAACGCAAACACAUGAGUAAGGAGAAAGAAGAGGAACGUAGAGAUUGUAAAGUCAUAGUAAGCAGGAUUCAAUGGACCCAGCUGAUGACUGGAACAACGAGUGUCGUUGUUAUAAAUUGGGAAACAACGCUACACAUACCGAAGCAAGCUAAUCUCUCGCCUGAAGCCAAGGAUUUAAUCCUGAAGCUAUGUGUGGGUGCGGACCGUCGACUCGGUAAGAAUGCGGAUGAGGUGAAGAGUCAUCCCUUCUUUGAGAGCAUUGACUUCGAGAAGGGCCUGCGUCGUCAGGUCGCGCCGCACAUACCGCGCAUACAGUAUCCAACCGACACGAGCAACUUUGACCCCGUGGAUCCAGAUAAGCUUAGGAACUCGGAGACUUCGGAUUCAAAUAAAUCAGAUGAGCUACUGGACAACGGGAAACCCUUCCACGGUUUCUUUGAAUUCACAUUUCGUCGGUUUUUUGAUGACGGCGGUGGUGCGCCUUAUCCUAGUCGAAUAAGUUUGGAUGACAAUGACAACCAAGGCCCGGUCUAUGUUCUGUCAGCUCAACGCACUAUGCAUCACCCUCUACCACCUCCGCCGUACGGUACGCCAACAGAAGACCCCAUGGCCACUGUUGAGAGUACCAGUGCUCCACGUUCCUCGCCUGUAGCACAUCAUCCACCUCUCCAGAGAAAGUACUCGCUUGUCGACAGUUGUCAACAGCAUCAUAUCGAGUCACCACCGCUUCCACCAACUACCUCGACUUCUGUGUCGGCAAGGAACACCAACAAUCAUCCACCUUCACCGGAGAACUGUCCUUGCAAGGGUGGUCCCACCUCGCCGUACAAAAUAAAACUCCAAUCACCUAUACCUGAACGCAAACACAUGAGUAAGGAGAAAGAAGAGGAACGUAGAGAUUGUAAAGUGAGGAAUUAUUCUCCUCAAGCGUUCAAAUUCUUCAUGGAGCAGCAUGUUGAGAAUAUUGUUAAGUCUUACAGCCAACGAAUGUACAGGCGGGUUCAGUUGGAGAGAGAAAUGGCUAAAAUAGGACACAGUACUGAAGCUCAUUGUCAUAGUAAGCAGGAUUCAAUGGACCCAGCUGAUGACUGGAACAACGAGUGUCAGCGACGACGACACCGUGAACAUCAACGUUGUUUAACACAUUCUCUAGUGGGGAUGCCAAAUUAUAUCGCCCCGGAAGUUUUACAACGUACUGGUUACUACACGCAGUUGUUCGACUGGUGGAGUGUCGGUGUCAUUCUCUAUGAGAUGCUAGUUGGUUCGCCACCAUUUCUUGCCAAUACCCCUGCCGAAACACAGUUAAAGGUUAUAAAUUGGGAAACAACACUACACAUACCGAAGCAAGCUAAUCUCUCGCCUGAAGCCAAGGAUUUAAUCCCGAAGCUAUGUGUGGGUGCGGACCGUCGACUCGGUAAGAAUGCGGAUGAAGUGAAGAGUCAUCCCUUCUUUGAGAGCAUUGACUUCGAGAAGGGCCUGCGUCGUCAGGUCGCACCGCAUAUACCGCGCAUACAGUAUCCAACCGACACGAGCAACUUUCACCCCGUGGAUCCAGAUAAGCUUAGGAACUCGGAGACUUCGGAUUCAAAUGAAUCAGAUGAGCUACUGGACAACGAGAAACCCUUCCACGGUUUCUUUGAAUUCACAUUUCGUCGGUUUUGUGAUGACGACAGUGGUGCGCCUUAUCCUAGUCGAAUAAGUGUGGAUGACAAUGACAACCAAGGCCCGGUCUAUACACACAACGCCGUACUAUCUCUACCUGUACUACUCCACAUCUUGUAG